CGAUUUUACCCGCUCUUCUCACCGCGUGUCUCUUUAUCUUUUCUCGUUCAAGGAACUGUGUGGAAGACUCUCGCACUAUAUUAACGCGGAUAAGUUCUGAAAAGUAAAUCAAAGACGAUCUUUCCUUCUUGCAAGGCAGCACUCGAGUGUUACACUGGUGACCGUUUGCCCUCUUACCGUGUGUAAACAUCUGCUAUGUUCAAAAAUACUUUCCAGAGCGGCUUUCUCUCCAUCUUAUACAGCAUCGGUAGUCAGCCCCUUCAAAUAUGGGACAAAAAAUGCCGAAACGGCCACAUUAAGCGCAUCACAGACAGCGACAUCCAAUCUUCUGUGCUUGAAAUUAUGGGAACAAACGUAUCCACCAUUUACAUUUCAUGUCCAAAUGCGCAAAAACAAACUUUGGGAGUGAAGCUACCAUUCCUCGUAAUGAUUAUCAAGAACUUGAAAAAGUAUUUCUCUUUUGAAGUUCAGGUGUUGGAUGAUAAGAGCGUGCGACGCCGUUUUCGCGCGUCAAACUACCAGUCAACGACGCGUGUCAAACCUUUCAUUUGUACAAUGCCCAUGCGGCUCGAUGAAGGAUGGAAUCAAAUCCAAUUCAAUCUCUCUGACUUCACCCGUCGUGCUUAUGGUACUAAUUAUAUAGAAACACUCAGAGUUCAAAUCCAUGCAAACUGCCGUGUUCGCCGCAUAUAUUUCUCUGAUCGUUUGUAUUCUGAAGAAGAGCUUCCUCCUGAGUUCAAGCUCUUUCUUCCAAUCCAGGCAUGAUAAUAUUUUCUCCAACAUUUGUUAGUUAUUUAAACAUUUGAACUUUCGUUUCAUCACGACUAUUAUUGAAUCUUUUCAGAAACCUUGAUGGAUAUAUCCUGUUGGAACGCAACAAGUAGCACGACUUCGAAAUGGUUUGUACGUAUUCAACUAUGUUAAUGAAAAAAAUGACAUAGGCACAGGCGUGGAUGCUUGAUAAUCACAAAAAGGUUCACAUAUAAUUAUUGGAAGUAUCUAGCUAGCCGUGCCCAGCCCCCUGUAAUGCGUACGGUUUCCU